AGAGAGAGAGAGAGAGGAAGAGAAAGUGUGUUAGCAAGCUAGAGAGAGAUUUGCGAUAAUUUUUUUGCCUCAUUUUCAGCUCAUGGGCGCAAAGAUUUUCAUAAAUAAUGUAACCACGGCAACUCGCUUCAGAAAUCGGCUUCAUCUCGUUUUUCACCAGCGACAGACCAUAACAGACCCAGAGGAGUUCAGACACUGUCGAUUGUGUUUCCAGCUGAGCAAUGUAAAUACGUUCAUUAAUUUAAGAGAACAAUGCAGACCGGCAGAGGGUAGCUAAGCACUGUAGACAGCUGACAAAUGAAGUUGGCGGCUUUUAGGUCGACAAGUUUGCGAUUCCUCGAGGCUGAAUGAGUGACAGAGAAACUGACAAUGGCUCAAGUACUUCACAUGGACCCUAAUUUUCCAGGGAAAUCCAACCCGACCUCCCCCAGUGCCUUGCAAGGCAAGGAACAGGAGCUCCCCUACUCGGUGGAGACCCCCUACGGCUACCGGCUGGACCUGGACUUCCUGAAGUACGUCAAUGACAUCGAGAAAGGCAACACCAUCAAGAAGGUGCCCAUCCACCGCCGUCCGCGCUACAGCUCCCUCCCGCGGGGCUCUGGCUACACCGGCUCCUGGUGGACCUCCACAGAGUCCCUGUGCUCCAACAUCAGCAUGGACAGCCGCCACUCCUCCUUCUCAUACUGUGCGCCAGGGUAUCACGGCUCCUAUAGGGCUGAUAUCAGACCCCCGUUCCUGGCUGGAGGCUUCAACGCCCGGGUGGAGAAGACCCUGCUGGAUGCCCGCAAGAAGCUCGAGCAGAACCAGACAGACUCAGCAGGGAGGCAGCAGCCGUUCUCCAACUUGGGGAGCAUGCAGAGCAGCGUGUCGGGGUCCGCCAGCUCCCUGGUGGGCUCCUCUCUGAACCAGCCCUACUCCAAGUCCCAGAACGGAACCCAGGGGGGGCAGUUCACCCCCAUGAGCUCGGGGCUCUCCACUCCGGUCUCCCCCACUCCGGCUCACCUUCAGCAUGUCAGGGAGCAGAUGGCGGUGGCCCUGAGGAAGAUCCGGGAGCUGGAGGAGCAAGUGAAGGUGAUCCCCGUGCAGCAGGUGAAGAUCUCUGUCCUCCAGGAGGAGAAAAGGCAGCUGAGCGUGCAGCUCAAGAGCCAGAAGUUCUUGGGGCACAGCAUGAGUUUCGGGAAGCCCAGACCCCGGGGGGAGCUUUACAUUGACAUCCCGGAAGAGGACAGCACUGGAGGAGGGGGCAAGGUCUUGUCGCCAACACUUGCCAACGCUUCACGCCAGGAUUCCGGGUGCGAAAUCGAGGAUACAGUUAUAGUGGGCGGCGCCAGGCAGCUGGGGCAGAUGGGAGGCAGGAAGGAAGUGAGGUCGGUGGGCGUGGGAACGGAAGCAGUAGAAGAGGGAAGAGGAUGUGUGAAGGAUGGUGGAAGUUCGAAGGCAGUUGACGUGAGGCAUGUAGGUGUGGUGGUGAAGGAACAGGACCUGGGGCUGUCAUCAGAGGCAACCCAAGCUGAGGUGGAACAGCAGCGGCAGAACACUGAAGGCCUGAAGACCAAGAUGACGGUUCUGGAGACCCAGCUAAAGAAGGCCCUGCAAGAGCUCAAGACUGCCCAUCAAAGGCUGGAGCAGCAGGGCAAGGAGACGACAGAGAGGAGCCAGGAUGCCAAGCUGUCCAUGGCCGACGCGGUUAUAAUGACCAGUGUUGGGUGGCAGGAUCUUCAGGAGACCAGCAACAAGAUAGGGUGCCCGGGGGAAGCUCCAGGACUUCAGACAGUGGUCUCCUUCAACCAGCAGCCCCAGAAGAAGGAACAGAGGACGGUGGGCAUCCAGGUUUAUACCCUGGAGCAGCCAGCGGUGGUGGGACUGAGGAAGUGCCAAGAGGUGGCCCUCGCGGCGGAUCAAGCAGCGUUUGCGCACAGGCCGAUGAGAGCCGAAGCCCCAGCUGCCUGCAGUGUCCCGAACGUCGUUAUGAGCACGCCUCCCGGAGUCCUGGAAAGCGGGGCGCACAGCAGAGCCCAGGAGGAAGCAAGGUCGCCCGCGGGAGUGCCAUACAUUGUUUACAGGAGCAACGAGACCAUAGAGACCACCUUUCCCGUUCACGGACAGGCAGGCGCCGAGACUGGGGGCCACCAGGUGGAAAAGAACAGCCUGAGGAUCGGAGAGGGAGAGGGGGAGGCGAGGAGCAUGGAUGGGGCUGCAGGAGUACCAGACACGUCCCCUGAGCUGCCAAUCGCCAUCUGCUCCAGAGAGGUGCGCGAGGUCCUUCCGAAGUGUGAGGUGUCCUCCUCGGUGCCCGUCUCAAGCCCGGCAGUCGUCAUGGAGACAGUUAGCGCCGUCCAGCUUGUAUCCAAUCAGCAAGCGCCUCUGUGUCAAAGGUUAAAGGAGGUCGAAGCGGAGAACGAAGCGCUCAUGAAUGCAGCGGCAGGGAGCGAGGAGCUGCAGGAGCCAGACUCUCCCUCGUCCAGUCUGAAAUCAAUCAUGAAGAGGCCAGACCAGCUCGGCCCCUCCGACUCCCCCACCACCAAGAAGAACCUGCAGUUUGCGGGAGUCAAUGGAGGCUACGAGUCCUCGUCCUCAGAGGAGUCCAGCUCAGAGUCCAGCUCGGAGGAGAACGAGAGCGAGGAGAGCGAGUACCAUGAGGCCAGUGAGCGACUCACUGAGGCUGGGACACAGGCGCAGGGGAGCAAGGACCAAACCACCCCCGCACAGGACCCCCCUGCCCCUGCCCCUGCCCCUGCCCCUGCCCAGGCAGAGUCACCUCAGACCCUACGUGAGAGUCAGACCACCCCCACGCCAGACAACCCCUCCCCACAGGAGAAGGAGGAGGCGAAGGAGAGGGAGGGGACACAGGACAGCAGUGUUGAGCUGAGGGAGAGCCUGGUCUCAGCCUGUACGGUCCUGCAGAAAGCUCUGGGGGAGCCCAAUGCGUUCAGCCACCAAGAACCGAGGGCAGCCUACACCGCGGUGCUGCAGGAGUGGCUGCGCGUUUCCUGUCACAAGGCAGCCGACCCGGAAGUGGUUCGCCAGCACAUGGCGGUGUUCAGGGCCCUGUCACCGCAGCUGCUGGCGUUUAUCGUCAACAUGGCCGAUGGCAACGGCAACACAGCCCUGCACUACACCGUGUCGCACUCCAACUUCGCUGUGGUGAAGCUGCUGCUGGACACAGGUCUCUGCAACCCAGACAAGCAGAACAAGGCAGGCUACACUGCUAUCAUGCUGACUGCCCUGGCUGCCUUCCGCUCCGAGUGUGAUCUGGAGACGGUCAUGCAGCUCCUGAGGAUGGGAGACGUCAACGCCAAGGCCAGCCAGGCGGGACAGACAGCCCUGAUGCUGGCAGUGAGUCACGGCCGGAUCGAUAUGGUGCGCGCCCUGCUGGCGUGCGGAGCACACGUCAACCUGCAGGACCACGACGGCUCCACGGCGCUCAUGUGCGCUUGCGAGCACGGACACGUGGACAUCGUGAAGCAGCUGCUGGCAGUGCCGGGCUGUGACGCCACGCUCACGGAUAACGAUGGCAGCUCAGCCCUGUCCAUCGCUCUGGAAGCCAGUCAGAAUGACAUCGCCGUCCUCCUCUAUGCCCAUCUCAACUUUGCCAAGCCCCCCUCCCCGGUGGCCCAGAAGUCACUACUUGGGACAAGUCCACCCACUGAGGCAAAGUAACCUCGGAGGGUUUGAGAUUACCCUGCCCCUUCAAAAAGGGGGGAGAACUGCUUUGAUUUCUUAUGUGCUAUAAUAAUAUAAUGAUCUCCUGUCUUCCACAAUGAACUGCUCUGAAAUGGAGCCCUCCUCAACCGCGUGGCUUCCAAGACUUUCGCUAAGGAGCCGCGGCUCUGGAUCUGAAUAAAGACCUCCUUUAUCGGUCCGUCCAGCUCGAUUUUAACAACGCCUUACAGAUUCCCGGAGCCUCUGCACUAUUCUACACCAGGGGCGGUCCGAGUCGUUCUUUCCACUCCUGGUCUUUGUUCCAACCCUGUUCUAAAUUGUCUAAUUGAACCAAUUAAACCUCUCCAUUCGGGAGCAGUUCAUUAUGUCAUUGUAGUUGUUAAACCUGGAGGGGAAAGGCUGUCCAGGACAGUGAUUGGACACCCCUGUUCUGUACCUAUCCCUCUCAAUCAGGAGGUAUCUGUUUCUGACCCUACACAGCACAAAGCACUGCACCAUAUCAACUGCUGAAACAGGUCGUUUGUCUAAAAGCUAGUGGCGUGAAGGAAGGUAGAAUGCGUUGCAGAGUGGUAGCACUGUGGGUUCUAUAGAAAAGUUGCUUGUCAUCUUAGAAAAAUGUAUAUAGAUAUUUUUUAUGUAAUGUGCAGAAAUAAAACACACACACACGACCCAGUUUAAUUCCAGCACAGAAAUUAAUAUUUCUUUUUACAUUUCACUGCAGCUGUGUCUGUAUCUAAAUCAUUACACAGCUACACAAACGUCAGUCUGGAAGGCGCUGCCCCCUUUUUCCAGGAACCCUGGAAUUGCACCUUAAUGAAACCUCUUUAAAGAAAAUUUAGGGUUUGGGUUACAUUUAGGACUUCAAUCGGAAACCCCUUCUUUAUUUAAUGAGGUUCUUUUGUUUUACAAGGUCCUACCUUCAUUAUGCAUCUUUUGCGCCUCGAUACUUUUAAAAUGUUAUAUAGUAUGUGAAAAUAUAUACAUAAUUACAAUACUAUACCUUUAUUUAAAAUCAAAACU